AUGGCUAGCAAGGUGGAAGGUGAGAAGCUGCAGGGUUUGGUGUGUCCUUUGUGCCUUGAUGUCUUUGAGAACGCAACCAUCCUCACCUGUGGUCAUACCUUCUGCAAAGAGUGCCUGGAGGCAUACGACGAGCAGAGUCAUGAGCUUAGUUACAUAGUCUGCCCGGUUUGCAGGGACAGGACUGAACUUGGUCAAGACCGGGUGGCAGGACUAACCCCAAACUUUUCCGUCAAGGGACUCGUGGAUAAGAUCAAUGUUGAAGAUGGGCGUCGCAGGCCGGUCUAUUGCUCUUUGCACAACGCAGUCUACAAGGAUAUCUUCUGUGAGGAUUGUGCAGAGUUUAUUUGCCUUUCUUGUUACAUCCAUAGCCACAAAGAACACGUGAUCAAGAAGAAAGAAGAGUUGGAACGAAAUCUGAAGGAGAGGCGGAACACUCUUAUUCGCAGGAAGGCAAGGAGAUUCCUGCUGGAGAGGUCUUUGAGCAGUGCUGAGGAGCAAGGAAAUGAUUCAAACCAACACCUGAGCGGCUUGGAGAAGGAAAUUCGGGAUGCCUUUGUUAAGAAACUAAUGAGGCUUCAGGAGCAGGAAGGUGUGCUUCUGAAGAUGGUGAAGGAAAUGCGGAAGGCCCAGGACGAGGCGGUAGCAGGAAGUGCAUGGUUUUGUCCAGCGGACGAUACGCUUCUUGCACUUGGUCACAUUGAGCUUGGAGAGGAUUCAUCAGUAGACGAAAGGCAGGAGGUCGGAUCUGCUUCCCCAGUGAGAUGUAACGAUACAGAUGGACUACAAACGAGCGCCCUCAUUGAUGAUUCAAUGAAAAUAGUGAGAGAGAUUGAGUUACCCAAGGGAUUGGCUGGUAUGUCGGCACUGUCCAAGGAUGCCGUGGUUGUCGGGUAUGGAUGGAACGCCAAGGGUUCUGAUUGCUUCUCAGUCUGCGGAAACCAGAUACCCCAUCUCAAGAGUGAUGCUGGAAACGUCUACGAUAUCGCUAUGCUAGGUGAUGGCAGGACCGUCGUCUCCCGUGACGUGGACAUGUGCCUUGUGUUUGACCGAAAAGGUAGACAGAUCCGAGGGCUUAAGUACAUCUGCAAUAAGGCAGGGCUUUGCCCUAUGAUAUGCAGCGACCAUGAGGACAACAUCUAUGCAGUGAACAGAUCAUCCGAGAUCAAUAUAUUCCAAGGAAGCAAGGGAACACCCAGGAGGGUUGUCCACACCGGAAGCAUCAAGCCUUCUCAGAUCUGCGUCACCAGCACCGGCAUCAUGAUCACCUGUACCUGCAUUAUGACACCAAGUACUGUCACCGUCUUCGACCGAGAUGGUCAUGUCGGCAGCUCCGUCACGGCUAGUGAUGAUACAGAGUAUCUUCUAGCCGCAGUGGAUAGUCAGGAUAGUGUCUUGGUAGCAAGGGUCAGGGUAGGUUCGGAUACCAUCGGCUUGACUAGGUAUACCCUGGAUGGCACGAGACUCACCGAACAGGUAUGCUUCAAACCUCUCCAGCUUCAUGCCCGGUGCCAGUCAUUUUGGUCAUACAUGGUGAGUCUCACUCCAAACAUGCUGGCCUUCAAAAGCAAAAGGCGGUUGUAUUUCAUUGAGAUUGUGGCCUGAUAAAGUGAUCAAUAUCCUUUUUAAAUCUGUAGGUCUAUCAUGUCUAUAGCUUGCUUUCAGGGACAAGUUCACUUUUCCUAAGGCCUCACUUUUUAUCAAAACACAAAUGGGACAAUUAAAAAAAUAAAGCUUUACACAUCGAAGGCCAAUGAAAUGGUCAUCAAGGUCAGUUAUCAAGUGAUCAACGAUCUGUUGACCAAAGAGUUGAACAAAAGGACUUAUUUGGCCUUGACUAAGUCUGUUUCUUGUCAUAGCCUAUAUGGCAUAUACAGUACUUUGUUCUUCUUAUGACAGUGUUUCGAAUUUCCUCUUGUAAUCCAAAGUGUAUGUUAGGAAUUUAUGUUACGAAUCCACACUCUGAUAUUUUCUCACUAUUAGGCACUAUAUUUAUGUACAUGGUCGUAAGAAGGAAUUUUCUAACUCUCAAAGUACAGAAAGUGUUUACUCAUUCAUCAGGUGAGAAAGUAAAUUGAACGAAGUGAUUGCAAGUGUUUUUUUAAAUCUAUGUUGAAGGACCUGGCACAUAUCAAUGGAGAAAUUGCUAACAUUUGAAAUAAGCAUGAUAAAGGGUA